CAUUUGUAGAAACAACAACAGCAGCAGCAGCAGCAUUUAACCAGAACAACAUUAAUGCUGUUUCCUCCAUCUUUUAGAUCUUUACACUGUUUAUAGCUGUAAAUCCGCUCGGCAGCGCCAGCUAAUCAUUUAGCUCGAUGUCAUUUAACACGUAAGAUACACGCACAAGGCCUAACUCUUAUAGAUUAUACAUGUAUAUAUCUGUUUUCUGGUUGUUUACAGGCACAAUCUGACCCAAUGCAUGGGUUUGGCUGAGUUUAUUGUAGCUGAGUUAGCGAGCUAGCUUAGCCAGUUAGCUUAGCCAGUUAGCUUAGCGAGCUAGCAUUGGUCUCAGGUCAAGUCUAGACAGCUGAAAGCAGUAGAAUUCGUUGUUGAACCGUCCUGAUAAGAUUAUUGAAAUAUACUAGAGGAUUUAUUAAUGGGUUUUGUCCACUCUUGUUUGUGAACUGUAGAUAAAUAAUUGUACUUUGGUUGGUUAAGAGACGCAGCGGCGCAGGGCCUCAGUCCUCGGUGUAGAGUUAAACCCUGAUCCGUGAUUCAGGCUCCUGUGUGUCGGGUCAUGGGCGACAACAGAGAUUCUCGCAGUCCAGACAGCUCUUCUGUGUCGUCACCACCUUCAGGGAAACAAUCACCUGCACUGCUUCCCUCAGCAGCUGCUAUGACCUCACUGCCACCCGUUACUUCAGCAGUCAGCAGUCCUAUUAGCAGCAUGGGCUCCCCCUUUUCUGUCAUCAGCUCGUCUCUCGGUUCCCCGUGUCUCCCUGGGACACCGUCAGUGGGUUACGGCCCCAUCAGCAGUCCCCAGAUCAACUCCACUGUGUCCAUGUCCGGCCUGCACGCCGUCAGCAGUUCAGACGACGUAAAGCCGCCGUUUGGCCUGAAGCCGCUUUUAGGCCACAGCCCCGGACCCACCCUCUCUCAGAAACGGCUCUGUGCCAUUUGUGGCGAUCGCUCCUCCGGAAAGCACUACGGCGUGUACAGCUGUGAGGGCUGUAAAGGCUUUUUUAAACGCACAGUCAGAAAAGACUUGAGCUACACGUGCAGAGACAACAAGGACUGUAUGGUGGACAAGCGUCAGAGGAAUCGCUGCCAGUACUGCCGCUACCAGAAAUGUCUAGCCAUGGGGAUGAAGAGAGAAGCUGUUCAGGAGGAGCGUCAGAGGAAUAAAGAGCGAGAAGGAGAAGUGGAGUCUACCAGUGCGGUGAAUGAAGAAAUGCCAGUGGAAAAGAUCCUGGAAGCGGAGAUGGCUGUGGAGCAGAAGAUCGAGCUGCAUUCCGAUGGAAGUUCAGGCACCAGCUCUGAAAACGAUCCCGUCACGAACAUCUGCCAGGCAGCUGAUAAACAGCUCUUCACUCUGGUGGAGUGGGCCAAGAGAAUCCCGCACUUCUCAGAGCUGGCUCUCGACGAUCAGGUCAUCCUUCUGCGUGCUGGUUGGAACGAGCUGCUGAUCGCCUCGUUCUCUCAUCGCUCAAUCACUGUGAAGGAUGGCAUAUUACUGGCCACUGGACUCCACGUGCACAGAAACAGUGCACAUAGCGCAGGAGUGGGAGCCAUCUUUGAUAGGGUGCUGACUGAACUAGUGAGUAAGAUGAGGGACAUGCAGAUGGAUAAGACUGAGUUGGGAUGUCUAAGAGCCAUCAUCCUUUUCAACCCAGAUGCAAAGGGGCUGUCAAACCCAAGUGAAGUGGAGUUACUGAGAGAGAAAGUCUAUGCUGCACUAGAAGCUUAUUGUAAACAGAGAUAUCCUGACCAGCAGGGCAGGUUCGCCAAGCUCCUCCUCCGACUGCCAGCGUUGCGCUCCAUCGGGUUGAAAUGCCUGGAGCACCUGUUCUUCUUCAAGCUGAUUGGCGACACCCCCAUCGACACCUUCCUCAUGGAGAUGCUGGAAGCUCCCCAUCAGCUGACCUAAUGUUGGACCACUUUCUAGCCAGUCGUAUCUGGUUUGCACCAGGGUGUACCGGUAGCCUGGACAUCGGGGCUUCACUGUGUCUGUUCAAUCUCCUGCUUACACCUUCCUCUAUUCUCUCCUUUUCUUUUCCUCCCUUCCAUGUUCGUCUCCUAUGCUAGUAUCGCACCAAAAAGAAAAAAAAAAAAGACUUUUAUCUCUCUGGGAUAUGAAGUAUGGAGAUUUUACAUUUGAGAGAGAUUUGUAUUUUGCAAAUGAGGCUUUUCAGAGCUUGUUUUGGGUUUAAUUUCCACAGCCUUUGUAUGGAUAAUUGGUGCUCAGCAUUGUUUUUAUCUGCUACAAAAAAAAAAUCCAGUCGGUACGUUUCUUUACUCACUGCAGCUCUCUCUCGUGACCCGGACAUCACUCGUCGUGUCCCUAAAGCUGCCUGUAGCAGUUCAUCUCUCCUUUUUUAGACCUUCCUCUGAUUUUACUUUUGUCGUGUCAAGUUCCCGUAGAUGAACUUUAACCCCGUGAACCUGCAGAUCUUGGGUCUGAAGCGUGGGCUGGUAGUGAACUACAGCACGGUCCUGGAGUCCUGCGUUUCUGAAAGACUCCACUGCAGGUCUUAUUACUGUGUCACUGUCUCUCUGGUAUCCAGCAGGAAGAACAUGGAAGUGCUCAGGAGCUGAAGAGCUGUUAGAAACUAGCUACUGCAUAUAAAUAACCUUCUGUUUAACGAGUUAACAAGCAAAAGGCACUUAACUGCUCACUCACUAGUUUCUUUACCGACGCUCCAUAAUCACCCGAUCAGACCAGAUAAAUGUGAAGAAAUCUGUUGGAUCACAAUGUCUUCCCCCUAUGGAGAAACGCUUCAGUGCUGCGGAUCAGAAUGAGAAGGUUCUGCGCUUCCCAAACACCAGUGAGAACACCAGCAGUGUUGCGUUUCAGGUAAACACUUGAUGAUCAGCAGUUGGCUCGUGUGUUACGAGAAGAAAGAACAUCAACCAAAACAACACACUUUCACAAUCCAGAAACAAGUGGUGGUGUCUGUUGCCCCGCCCACUUCACACAGAUAACCGUGUCACUCUGGAGCUUUGGUGUCGUUACAGGGGACGUGGGCGCAGGUUUCAGUUGCUUCACCAUCACAACAGUUUAACACUCUGGGCCUCAUGGAACAUGUGCAGCUUUAGUACUUCAUCUAUCUACUGAGGUUCCUGUGAAUGUGGAGUGAGGGAUGGAGCCACUGAACAGUCAGACGUGUGUUUGACCCUGAGCAGGUUCUGUUUCUUUCCAUCCCCAACCUCCUUUUGCUCUAGACCUCUGUAUUACCCAGGGUUCGAACUGAACUCCACCCCAGACCCACACAAUGACCCCACAUUCACUUUGAAUAAAUGUCUGUGUAUACUGUGAUGUACAAUAUGUGAAUCCAAUCACUUCUUUCUUUUUUUUUUUUCUUUUUUUUUUUAUGUGCCAAAUGUGACUUUGUCUCUCUCUCUCUCUCUCUCUCUCUCUCUCUCUCACACACUCUCUCUCACUCUCACACUCUCUCUCACUCUCACACUCACAUUAUAUUGUGUUUAAAACUAGUAAUAAUAAGAAAUAAAAACCCAGGGUCAGUCAGUUAAGUCCUUUUUAAGGGCUUGACAGGUUCUACAUUCCCUAACAGUG